AUGGAGCGAGACAAUGCGACUGCCGGCUCGCCAUCCGUGCCUUGGCGUUUUGCGCAGUGCUUUGGUGACAAGGGCGAUGUCGACGACAUCACCGAGGCCGACAUCAUCUCGACCGUUGAGUUCGAUCCGACUGGCGAUUACCUCGCCACCGGUGACAAGGGCGGUCGUGUGGUGAUGUUCGAGCGCAACGAUGGUGCGAAUGGCAAGAAGCAAGGGUGCGAGUACCGCUUCCACACCGAGUUCCAGUCGCACGAGCCCGAGUUCGACUACCUGAAGUCGCUCGAGAUUGAAGAGAAAAUCAACCAGAUCUGCUGGUGCCGGAGGCAGAAUGCUGCGCAUCUCUUGCUGAGCACAAAUGAUAAAACCAUCAAGCUCUGGAAAGUGUUUGAUAAGCCCCUGAAUGCGGUCGCAGAGGGCAGCCUGGCCACUGGCGAGGACCCUGCAGCGAUGCUCAUGUCGAGCCAGACGAUGGGCGAGAACAAGAGCGACGGCACGCUGCAUCCUAGCCUGCUCAAGCUCGGCGCUCCAGGCGCUGGCCUCACGCCGAGACUCUCUGCGGCCCAGUCGCGCCUUUUGCGACUCCCCCGCCUUGUGUACCACGACACGAUCGUUGCUGCGGUCCCGCGCAAGAUCUACGCAAACGCACAUGCCUACCACAUCAACUCGCUGUCGGUCAACUCGGAUGGCGAGACGUACAUCAGUGCUGAUGAUCUCCGCAUUAACCUGUGGAACCUGGGUAUCAGCGACAAGAGCUUUAACAUUGUCGAUAUCAAGCCUGUGAAUAUGGAGGAGCUGACCGAGGUGAUUACUGCUGCGCAGUUCCAUCCCACGCACUGCAACGAGCUGGUGUACAGCAGCUCGAAAGGCACCAUCAAGCUCGCAGACAUGCGUGAAUCGGCGCUGUGUGAUCGCCAUGCCAAGUUGUUUGAGGAAGAAGAGGACCCCGCGACCAAGUCGUUCUUCUCCGAGAUUAUUAGCAGCAUCUCGGACGUGCGCUUCAGCCACGACGGUCGGUACAUCAUGUCGCGCGACUAUUUGACGUUGAAAGUGUGGGAUGUGAACAUGGAGAGCCGCCCCCUCGCUACAAUCCCUAUCCACGACUACCUGCGCCCGAAGCUGUGCGACUUAUACGAAAACGACUGCAUCUUUGACAAGUUCGAAGGCAACUGGGGCCCCACCGGCUCGACAGUGCUCACCGGAAGCUACAGCAACUACUUCCACCUGAUCGACUGGGAACGUGACUCGAGCGUGGUGCUGCAAGCCGAUAAGUCCGCGUUCAAGUCAAAGAAGCUCGCAUCGAUGAACAAGGGUCCUAGUCGCACGGCCGCGUCUGCGGGUGGGAUUGGCUCGGUCAACCCGAACAACAUCGACUUCAACAAAAAGAUUCUGCACGCCAGCUACCACCCCCGGGAGGAGACGAUUGCCAUCGCGGCAACCAACAAUCUGUUCAUCUUUUCGGCGAACAACCCAUCAGGCAUGCCUGCGUGA